AUGAGGGAUGCAAUUUCUGCUCAUGAAAAAUUAUCCCUCACUCUUCGGUUCUUGGCUGCAGGGGCAUCAUACAGAGACUUGGCAUACUCUUUCCGCAUUCCUGCCUCCACUAUCUCACAAAUAGUCCCAGAAGUAUGCAGAGCUUUGUACGAAUGUCUGUGUGUUCCAUCUUCCAGGGAACAGUGGCUCAAAAUUGCUAAAGAAUUUGAAGAAAAGUGGCAAUUCCCCCACUGUGUGGGAGCCAUUGAUGGAAAGCAUGUUAACAUCCGUGCUCCCCCAAAUACGGGUUCAGACUAUUUUAAUUAUAAGAACCAUUUUAGUAUUGUUUUAUUGGGUGUAGCUGAUGCAAAUGCACAAUUUAUAGCAUUUCAGUUAGGUGAUGCUGGAAGCCAAUCAGAUGGUGGGAUUUUUAAGCAUGGUAGCCUAAGCUCAUUAUGUAAAUCAGAGCUAUUUCCCCAACCAAGUUGUUUACCAGGAACAAGUUUGGCAGUCCCAUACUAUUUAAUAGGCGAUGAAGCUUUUGCUCUUGAUGUAAACUUGCAAAAACCUUACCCUCAUCGUAGUGCAAUGGGCGAUGAAAAAGUUUAUAAUUAUCGCCUUUCCCAUGCUCGACGUAUAAUCGAGAAUGCUUUUGGUAUCAUGUGUUCCAGGUUUAGAGUGUUACUUUGCACAUUGGAACUUGAUGUUCCAAAUGCAAUGCAAGUUGUUUGUGCAUGUGUCACGCUGCACAAUUUUCUCUCUAUGAAAAAAGAUAAAGUUUAUUCCCCAUCUGGUUUUAUGGAUAUAGAUGAUGGGUCAGGAAACACCACCCCUGGGUCAUGGAGAAGUCUAAUUAAUGAUUCUCCACUAAGUAAUUUGGCAAGAACACCACGCGAACGAUCCUCCACCCUACAAGCUCGACAGGUGCGCGAUACAUUAAAGGAAUAUUUCUUUAAUGAAGGGGCUAUUGACUUUCAAUGGAAAAUGACUGAAUAA